CAGACCAACCGACAGAUCAGAGCAUAGAGAAGUGAGCAGGGCGGGCGGGCGCUGCGAGCUCCUGCUCGGCGGUGUCUGGCUCUGUCUCCGCAUUCGCGAGUUUCGUCACCGCCUCCCUGUCUCCAACGCCCCAGCCCUGCCGCAGGCCCUCCUCCGAGACCCCACGGGAGACGUUGGAGCCGAAGCCAUGGAAGAAGUGUCACCGUGCCCCAUCAACAGCACUCUGUUCCAGCAGGAAGACCAGAAAGGGAUCACCUACCGGAUCCCAGCCCUGCUCUACAUCCCUCCCGUCCACACCUUCCUGGCCUUUGCAGAGAAGCGUUCCACAAGCAAAGACGAGGAUGCUCUCUACCUGGUGUUCAGGCGAGGGGUGAUGAAGAGCUACUCUGUACAGUGGGGACCCCUGCAGCCACUGAUGGAAGCCACAUUACCUGGUCAUCGGACCAUGAACCCCUGCCCUGUGUGGGAGCAGAAUACUGGCCGUGUGUACCUGUUUUUCAUCUGUGUGCGGGACCAUGUUACUGAGCGUCGGCAAAUUAUGUUAGGCAAGAAUGCCGCUCGCCUGUGCUUCGUUUGCAGUCAGGACACUGGGCGCUCAUGGGGUGAAGUGAAGGACUUGACUGAGGAGGUGAUUGGCUCAGAGGUGAAGCACUGGGCCACGUUCGCUGUGGGCCCAGGUCAUGGUAUCCAGCUGCAGUCAGGGAGGCUGAUCAUCCCCGCCUAUGCCUACUAUUUCUCACGCUGGUUCCUCUGCUUUCCCUGUUCAGUCAAGCCCCAUUCCCUGAUGAUCUACAGUGAUGACUUAGGAGUCACGUGGCACCAUGGCAAGCUCAUUGGGCCCCAGGUGACAGGGGAGUGCCAAGUGGCGGAAGUGACUGGGAGGGCAGGUAACCAUGUGCUCUACUGCAGUGCCCGGACACCAAACAGAUUCCGAGCAGAAUCUUUUAGCACUGAUUAUGGUGACUGCUUUCAGAAACCAACUUUGAACCCACAGCUCCAUGAGCCCUGCACUGGCUGCCAAGGCAGCGUAGUGAGCUUCCGGCCCUUGAAGAUGCUGUACUCACAAGACCCAAGUGGUAAAGAUGCUCCCACUACCCAGAAGCGCCCUCUGCUGGACAGUUCUCUGGAGCUGGAGGAAGUCGUUGGAACACCAUCACCCACAUGGCUCUUGUACUCACAUCCAGCUAGCAAGAGGCGGAGAAUUAACCUGGGCAUCUACUACAACAGGAACCCCUUGGAGGUGACCUGCUGGUCUCGCCCCUGGAUCUUGCACUGUGGGCCCUCUGGCUACUCUGAUCUGGCUGUUGUGGAAGAACAGGGCUUAUUCGCAUGUUUGUUUGAGUGUGGGAAGGAACAUGAGUGUGAGCAGAUUGCUUUUUGUCUGUUUUCAAGCCGAGAGGUCCUGAGCUGUGAAGACUGCAGCAGGAACUAAAGCCAAAGCAAGACUGAUGGGUGAGGACCCAACUUUCCACAGCAGGGAAUGGCGGUGGAGAUAACAGGUCACUGAUGUCUACAGAAAACCCCAAAAUGAAUAUUUUGCUCCUUGUAUUUUUUCACUUUCCCCUUUCCAAUGAGCCUAGAGAAAAUUGUGCCUUAUCUUACACAGCAAUAAGGCUGCUGAACUGGGAAUUUGUGGAACAUGAUGUGGUUUUGGCCCUGCCACUGGCUUGCUUUAGGACUGUGGAUGUGUCCCCUGACUCUCCUGAAUGGCAUCAGGUCUCCAUUUGUAAAAUGUGAAGGUUGAUUUGUGAUUUCUUGUCUUCCCAUUAAGAGGAGAGACAAGAAAUUAUUUCCUGUCCCGCAAACCCUGGAUUCUGAUCUUGAAUGAAAGCCAGAGACUUAUCUUUUCAAAUGACUCACUGCUAACCUGAGCAUGAGGUGACAUACAGGUGCUUUAGCCAGAAGAAAGAUCUGCAUUGUUCAAUUUUUAAUAAGGAAAAUGCCCUUAUCCUUCUGAUCACGCCCAGAGCUCUGCAAGUUCUCUCUCCUGGGAGAACUGACAGAGAGCAGAACUCUGACGCUUUCCCAGCAUUGCUGCUAUGUCCAACCACCCCCUCCUCAUCCAGAAAACAUUUCCCAGGGAGAAAAACGAGAAACCCCUGCCAGCUGCCCUUGAUAAUGGUGCUUACUGCUCUUGGUGCCAUGGCCUCCAUUAAAGAUGAAUCUGAGGGGCCUGAAA